AUGACCCCGGAGGAUGUAAAGAAUGCUGCUAUCACUGGUUACGGAAUAAUGGUCGCAGAAGCACACAGGUUUGAAAAAAAAUGUCCGAGCGUAAUGGCCGCUCUGUACGUCCCUACUCAAGAUGGAGGAGUACUCGCUGUCGCUUCCUCCAUCAAAGGACCGCAAGGAAGCCAACUUACCGAAUUCUACUGUAGCAGUCAGCAUAAACAUGGAAACUGUGCCGAAAUGAACGCCUUCGCGUUAGUUGAAAGAAGACAAAUGGAUUGCAGAAACAGUUUUGUGGCUGCCUAUGGGUCUACAAGGCAUGGUGUGAGGUUUUUGGAUCCCUGUCGAGACGAAGAUAACAGAUGGGGCUGUGCUUCGUUUUGUACUCAAAAUUCGAUCACCGCUCUGACGAAGAGGUCUAGAAUAGAGGGGUUGCUCACUAUAGACGUUGGACAAGAAAAGCGUGAAUCGGACGAUAUAGGGGCAUCAGUCAGAGUAUAG